UCCUGGAGGAACCUCAUUGAGCAGAUAGGGCUCCUGUAUCAGGAGUACCGAGACAAAUCAACUCUCCAAGAAAUUGAGAUCAGAAGGCAGCAGGAUGCUGAAAUCCAGGCGGGUGAUGACGGGUCUCCAGCCAGCGAGGAAGCCCCCGAGGAGGACGAUGAGGAAGAGGAGGAGGAGGAGGAAGAAGAGGAGGAGCUGGCCAGCCCUCCCGAGAGGAAGGCUCUGCCCCAGAUCUGCCUGCUCAGCAACCCCCACUCCAGGUUCAACCUCUGGCAGGACCUCCCCGAGAUCCGGAGCAGCGGGGUGCUGGAGAUCCUGCCACCCGAGGAAGUCAAGCUGCAGGAGGCCAUGUUCGAGCUCGUCACCUCCGAGGCCUCCUACUACAAGAGCCUGAACCUGCUGGUGUCGCACUUCGUGGAAAACGAGCGGCUCAAAAAGAUCCUGCACCCCUCCGAGGCUCACAUCCUCUUCUCCAACGUCCUGGACGUCACCGCUGUCAGCGAGCGGUUCCUGCUGGAGCUGGAGCGCCGCAUGGAGGAGAACAUCGUCCUGUCCGACGUGUGCGACAUCGUGCACCGCUACGCCGCUGAUCACUUCUCCGUCUACAUCACCUACGUCAGCAACCAGACCUACCAGGAGCGGACGUACAAGCAGCUGCUCCAGGAGAAGGCGGCCUUCCGGGAGCUGAUCGCCCAGCUGGAGCUGGACCCCAAGUGCAGGGGGCUCCCCUUCUCCUCCUUCCUCAUCCUGCCCUUCCAGAGAAUCACCCGCCUCAAGCUGCUUGUGCAGAACAUCCUGAAGCGAGUGGAGGAAAGGUCGAAGCGGGAGUGCACCGCCUUGGAUGCCCACAAGGAGCUGGAGAUGGUGGUGAAGGCUUGCAACGAGGGCGUCCGGAAGAUGAGCCGCACGGAGCAGAUGAUCAGCAUCCAGAAGAAGAUGGAGUUCAAGAUCAAGUCGGUGCCCAUCAUCUCACACUCGCGCUGGCUACUGAAGCAAGGCGAGCUGCAGCAGAUGUCGGGCCCCAAGACCUCCCGCACCCUGCGCACCAAGAAGCUCUUCCGGGAGAUCUACCUCUUCCUCUUCAACGACCUGCUUGUCCUCUGCCGCCAGGUCCCUGGGGACAAGUACCAGGUGUUUGAUUCGGCGCCGCGCGGCCUGCUCCGGGUGGAGGAGCUGGAGGACCAGGGCCAGACGCUGGCCAACGUCUUCAUCCUGCGGCUGCUGGAGAACGCCGAUGACCGCGAGGCCACCUACAUGCUCAAGGCGUCCUCUCAGAGCGAGAUGAAGCGCUGGAUGACCUCGCUGGCCCCCAACCGGAGGACCAAGUUCGUCUCCUUCACGUCCCGACUGCUUGACUGUCCCCAGGUGCAAUGCGUGCACCCAUACGUGGCCCAGCAGCCGGACGAGCUGACGCUGGACCUCGCUGACAUCCUGAACAUCCUGGAGCAGACAGAGGACGGGUGGAUCUUCGGCGAGCGACUGCAUGACCAGGAAAGAGGCUGGUUCCCCAGCUCCAUGACGGAGGAGAUCUUGAACCCCAAGAUCCGGUCGCAGAACCUCAAGGAGUGUUUCCGAGUCCACAAAAUGGACGACCCACAGCGCAGCCAGAACAAGGACCGUAGGAAGCUGGGCAGCCGGAAUCGGCAAUGACCCCUGCGGAGUGGGCAGGCGGGAGCAGGGCUGGCAGGCAGCAGAGGGGCCCCAGGUGGGGGUGAGGGGUGCUUGUCCUGACCCCUGGCCCAGAACUGGAGUCAGGAUUCACCUCUCUCCUUAUAAACGAGGUGACUUUUAAACAGUGUUACAGCUCCCUCUGUCCCCGGUCCCUUAGAGGGUCUACAAGGGAACAGGCAUGCUCUGGGGGCAUCCCAGGAAAGUGGCACUAGCCAAAGACAGGCUGGAGGUGAUGGCUGACCCCUUCCCCAUGUCCCUCUUCCCCUCGGGAGCCACCAGAGUGAACCAAGCGUGCAAACAGCCCAUCUUUGCCUGGAGGGGCCUGGUGGGCGGCCUGCAGUGCACAGGACUAAAACCUUCCACCUCUGCCCGCCCCUCCCCAAGCCUCAGCCAGCCAGAGCUUGGCCGAGGGCCCAUGUCACCUCAGGCUCCUUGGCCGGCCAGAGGUACUGUGACUUCUGUUCCCUUCAGAAGUCUAAGCAUUUUAAAGAAUGAAUCGGCUGCUGCAUCUUAUAUGGGUGAUCGUUAUGAGAGAACCAAAUCUCCAUCUUGGCUGCAUUAAAAGAAGCAUCAUGUGUAAAA